AUGGGGUCAUCCGCAGCAUACGAGAAGCACGAGAAGCAAACGAGAAGCUCCCGCCGGAUGCGCACCAAUGACGAGAAGCCCUCUGGCGAUCGAGGCACCGACAACCCUCACGUCGAAGCGAAGGAUACGGAUGAAGCAGAGGGCGCUGACGAGCGGACGAGCAGCCUGUGCAAUGACCACGGCAUCACGGCCACGGUAUCACGAGUCAUAUCUUACCAACGAUACAGACUUUGGAAAAACAGACAUCACAUGCUUGGAGAAUUAUUAGCUCUUCCGUCUUGGUAA